CUUCUAUUGAUAAUUUGUGUAUUAUUGAAAAUUUAGUCGAAUUUAAACACGCGCGCUGUUUGUAAGAGUGUUAAAUAGUUAACGUUUAUAAUAAACAUAAACUGAAAGAAAACAGAAAACAUUCAAAGGAAGGUAUGGCAGACUCAGGACCUGUGGAGAGUAGUGCCCAGUCGACGAAGGACGCUUUAACUGUUGUAAUUGCCAUGGAUGGGAGUGAAUACUCAGAUUACGCUUUAAAUUUUUAUAUGCAGUGUUUGCACAGACCCGGAAAUAAAGUCUUAAUUGCCCACAAUACCGAAUAUAGAAUCGUCUCAAAUCCGGCGGUGGCAGUGAUGUCUGGAGGCACAGAUAUGUCAAUGGUGACGAAGGAGAUCAAGGCAGAGGAAGAAAGAACAAAGGAACUGAUUGAAAAGCUGACGCAAAAACUUCAAGAUCUGAAGAUCGAUGGUAGAAUCGAAAACAUCCACGGCCAGACUGGACCGUCCCUUGUCACCUUUGUUACCGACAAUAAAGCUGAUUACAUCGUCGUUGGCUGCCGAGGCAAAGGGAAGUUCAGGAAGACCUUCACCGGAAGUGUAACUGAUUACAUCACGCAUCAUUCCCACGUGCCUGUGAUUGUUGCCAGGAAUAUCGACCAUCUGGAGAAACUUCACCUCCACAUGCCGCCUUUCAGACAUCACAAGAAACACGAUGGUCCUGCGUCUCCUUCGUCACCCAAGUCACCAGAGUCACCCUUGUGUAAACAGUAAACAAAAACAACCCCAAAUGCUUGUGCUUAUUGGAUUUUAGAACAAAUGGUCAUGUUAAAGACAGCAAGAUAGACAACUCUUUAUGACUUAUUUCAAUCUAUUGUCAUAAAUUAUCGUUUCAUAAAUGUUAUCCAAUGGAUCUAUUUCCAGAAUUGUGCAAAAUUAUCCAAGAAUAUGUUAUAUGUGUGUUUUUUAAUUAAACAUGUUAAUAUGUUCAAUUCCGCAGGGCAGACAGUUCUUCAGGCUAUUUCAAUUUUAUGGCAUUCCUAGUUUAUGUAUAAAUAAAGCAUCAAAUAUACAA